ACAAAACAAAACCCCUUCCUUACCCAAAGUCCCAAACCACCACACUCUCUCUCUCUCUCUCUCACUCUCUCUCUAUACAUUAUCCCCCACUCGGCGCCGUAUCACCCAACCAAACCCCUCACACCACACGCCGCCAAACAACCCUCCCCUCCGCCGCCGCCCCGCGGCGCCACCACCGUACGAACCUCGAUUUAGUGGAACACGAACAGCAGGAGGUGCUUGGUUGCAAAUGGCGUCCACCGCAAGCCUCGACGUCGCCGACGGCCCCGUGAUGAGCCUAAUUAGCAAGCGCCUCCGCGCCCUCCGCAAGAAGCUGAACCACAUCAACGCCAUGGAGGACUCCGUUUCUCAAGGGAAGCCGCUCAACAAGGAGCAGGAGGAGGGCCUCCGCUCCAAGCCCUGCGUCCUCGCCCUCAUCGACGAGCUCGAGAAGCUCCGCCAGCCUCUCGCCUCCGCACUCGCCGAGGAGCUCGAAGCCUCCGCCGCGCACACCCGCCGCGGCGCCGAAACCCUAGCCGAGAACUCCGGCUCCAGCGAGCCGCCGCCGCACUCGAACGACGCCGUUCUCGAGGACCUCCUCAACCUGCUCUACUUCGGCUCGCUCUUCGACGUUAAGAGCGACUUCGCCUCCACGAUGCUCACCCGGACGCACGAGCGCGGCUGCUGCUUGACCUACGACUACGUCACCGACGACGCCACCGAUCUGCUCGGCGAGAAGGACCUCGAUUCGAUCUCCGCCUUGCGCGCCCUUCUCGUUUCGCGCCCCGCCGAUUCCAGCUUCUCGCACAAGAACGCGCUCCAGCGAUGCGUGGAACACGCCAAGCUGUGGCUCGCCAAGUCCGAGCAGCCCAUUGGACCUGAUGCUGAUGUCACUUAUGCUGCAUUGAGGGAGAAGUUGAAUAAGAUUAUGUCUUCGGAGUACUUUACUACUACUCCUGAGAUGAAGGCUUCGGUUGAAGUUGCUGCCGCGGCUGCUGGGGGGAAUUACGUGUCUUUCCAUGUGCCCGUGCAUGGUUCUGUGGUUCCGGUUGAAGUCGAACAACCUGUUUUUCAGUCUCAGGAGAAGGAUGAAGGAACCACAAAUUUUCAAGGACAUGGAUCUGAAGAUGACCAGUCUGAUCCUGAAGAAGAGCUUCAGAAGGAUGAUGUAGAAGCAGAAAAUGCAGGUGAGGUGGUGUCAGUUCAACAUGAACAGACCAACCCACAAGGUGAUGUAGAUUAUAAUCAACGAGAUGUAGAGGCCAAGGAGCAGCAGUCUUACCCCAGGCGGGGUUAUCAGAACCAUAGAGGUGGUCGUGGUGGAGGUGGUCGCCGGGGCUAUUCAAAUGGUCGUGGAGGUCGUGGUGGUGGUGGUGGCAGAGGAGGCUACCAAAAUGGCCGCAGUCAAUACUAUGAUCAGCCUGGAAAUUAUUAUCCAAGGAACUACUAUAACAACAGAGGAAGAGGUGGCAGAGGUGGUGGCUAUGCUUACAACAACCAUGGGCCAGGUGGUCAUGUGAAUCAUGUGGCAGGUGAUGUGGGGGUGCAAUGAUAAUUAAUUAUGAAUUGUCGAUAGUGCUUAUUACUGUCACUAGUUGGUGGUGAACCAUUAUUUAUUCGCCUGGCAUGAACAUGUUUUGAACAAUUUUGUUUGACACUUGAAACGUCUAGACUCCACCAUUUUGUAGUCCAGUGGCUAGUGUGGACCUUUGUCCGAAAUCUUACAGGAAGAAACUAUAUGCGAAUAUCUCGUGUUCUGGAAUGUUGCUCUUGAAGCUUUCUGCGAUAGCCUGCCAACUGUAUAUGCAGGUAGAUAUUUCUGUUUCAAAUUAAGUAUACAGCGGUGGGACCUCCUUCGACCGAGAGGCACAAUUUGCAAAAUUAGUGCCUCGCUACGAAAAGUACAACUCCAUUCUAGAUGGAUUUUUUUUUUUUAAUUUCCUGGUGCCAUUAUGUUUAACCAGUGUGGUCACGUUACAUCUUUAUGUCUACUUGCGAUGGAUUCAUUGAUGUGUAGCAUAUAAGUAGAACCAUAGAACCGAAUCACCUUUUUUUUUUCUUGUAUUUUUUCCUGUUAAUAUGGCCAGCUGCAGAGUGAGCUGUGUUAGCGCAGCGGAGAUUGCCAGCAUGUUUAGCCAUAACUUUGAGCAAUCAUACAUGGCAUUCAAUCCACACUCCCAAGUCAUGUUCUACCAAGCUACUUCCAUGGUUGCCACAAUUUCCCCGGGACUCCACCAUAACUUUUUUUUUUUCCUGCCUAUUUUCUGGCCAGCCAACCAUAUUAAAUGAAUGUUUUGCCUGAAUAUUAUGACGGGAUGUUUUUUUUUUUUUAGGUGAGGAUAAUGGAAAUAGAUUUUGC